CUUUAAACGAUAUGUUCCUUCCAUGCGUACAGAUAAAUCAGGAAAUACGAAAAAUCCGGCAUCCGAGUUAUCAAUAUCUUUAAGAUGGUAUAAGGAGGAAACAACGGAACCGGUCGUAGAACGAGUCUUGCCAUCUCGGAGUAAAUGUAAUUCUUCAUUUGUAUCGGGAGCCAUUAAAGAUGCAUACAUGAAAAAAUAA